CUCUGUGUGUUAUUUUUGUUUUUGCAGAAAGGGCCAAGUAAAACACCUGUAGCUGCCAUCUGCCUGACCAGCUUUGUGACCAUGGCCUUUGUCCUUGUGGGUCAGGUGAAUGUUCUGGCCCCCAUUGUCACCAUCAACUUCAUGCUGACGUAUGUCGCCGUGGACUACUCUUACUUCUCCCUGUCCAUGGAUCCCUGCAGCACUCCCCAGAUGCCUGAGCCAGAGCUCAGGGAAGACCUGGAAGGUUUCCACCGUCCUGAGCACCUGCCCUCGGAGAAAGCUCCCAGCUAUGGCUCUGAUGGCCCUGCCCAAAGUGUCUCUGAGGGCACUCUUCUGGAAUUUACCAAGGACAUGGAUCAGCUCCUCCAGCUAACCAGGAUGCUUGAGAGUAGCCAACCCAGACAAGGAGAAGGUAACAGGAUCCCGGGGAGUCAGAAGAGGAAGAGCAAGAAGGCCAUCAAGCAAACCCUGCAAGAUAGCUUCCUCUUGGACCUUAAGUCCCCUCCUUUCUUUCCUACCUUGGACUCUGGCAGGUUGCCCACUGCCUCCUGGGAGGGGCAGGAGCCCUACUGGAAUGAGCAGACUUCCAGGAGUGAAGGGACUCAGCCUGGAGAAACAUAUGAGCAACUUGUCCCUGAGCUGUGUGACCAAUCUGGGCCAAGUGGAGAAG